GAUGCUGUCUGGGUUAGAGAGCAAGGCUUAUGAGGAGAGGUUGAGCGAGCUCAGGCUUUCUUCAGAGUGAAGGAGAACGAGAGGUGACUUGAUGGAGAUGUACAAGAUGAUAAGAGACACAGAUCAAGUGGACCGCCAGGGACUUUUUCCCAGGGCAGAAAUGGCUAAUAUGAUAGGGUACAAUUUUAAGAUGGCUGCAGUAAAGUAUGGGGGGGGAUGUCAGAGAUACAUUUUUUUUUACGCUGAGAGUGUUGGGUGUGUGGAAUACCCUGCCAGGGGUGGCGGUAGAGGCUAAUGGAGGAUAGUAAAACUGGAGGGCUGUGUCAGAGGGAAGGGUUAGAAUGAUCUUGAGUAGUUUAAAGGGUCAGCAUGACAUUGUGGGCUGAAGGGCCCACACUGUACUGUACUGAUCCACGUUCGCGGCCACGCCAGAUGCACUGCUGACUGACUGGUGUCCGGUGUGUGGCUUCUCCGCAGGAGGCGGUCCUGACCACGAUGGACAUCGUCAACGAUGGAUUUGGCUUCAUGCUGGCCUUCGGGGACCUGACCUGGGUCCCCUUUACCUACAGCCUGCAGGCCCACUUCCUGGUGUCUCACCCACAAGAGCUCAGCCCCGCCGGGGCAGUGGCCAUCAUCCUCCUCAACGCCCUCGGCUACUACAUCUUCCGCAGCGCCAACUCGCAGAAGAACACAUUCCGCAGGAACCCCAGCGACCCCAGGGUGGCAGGCCUGGAAACGAUCCCCACGGCAACUGGGCGGCAGCUGCUGGUGUCGGGCUGGUGGGGCCUGGUGCGUCACCCGAACUACCUGGGGGACCUGAUCAUGGCGCUGGCCUGGUCUCUGCCCUGUGGUCUGGGCCACGCUCUGCCUUAUUUUUACGUUGUCUACUUCACGGCGCUGCUGAUCCACCGCGAGGCCAGAGACGAGCACCUGUGUCGCAGGAAGUACGGCUCGGCGUGGAACACUUACUGUGGCCGUGUCCCGUACCGCAUCUUCCCCUAUCUGUACUGACGAGGGAGUCGGGGUGCCGGCUAGCCGUCUGCUAUCUCCUCGCACCCUCGCUUCUCCAGCCCCACCCGUCAACUCGAGGGGAAUUUCUGAGUUCAAACCCUGCUCGGUAACUGGUGGAUGUCCACGGCCGCGGGUGUCACGUGACCGGUCCAGUCCUGUUGCUGCCUCUGGUGUGCGCCUCAGUGGAAGCCGUCGGACGAAGCUCCUCGCUCUCCUCGGUCUUCAGCCAGCCGCGUUGCACUGGCUGAGGCCGGUGUUUGAAAGAUGAGCUUGAAGGACAGUGAAAUGCCUGGUUUGCGUCAACCGUCUGAGUGUUGUCACAACGUGCGUCCUACCCGUAACCGCGAGGAUUUCCUCCGGGUGAUCCGGAUUCCUCCAGUGUACCGGUUAGGGUUAGUGAGCCGCGGGCACGCUACGAUCCACGACGGACACGUGCGGGCUGCCUCGUAAAAUCCUCACUGAUUUAUCUGGACAAAAAUGGCACAUUUUACUAUAUGUCUUGACAAAUAAAGCUGAUCUUUAAUCUCUUUAAAACUUUUAAAAACACAGAACAAUAAUAAUUUUUCAAAGAAAUAGAACGAUAAUAGAUGGGAGAUGUGGUUGGAUGGGAACGAUCUGCUGAGAUGAAAAACGUGUCUUUUUACAGUUAUUUAGCUUUGUAUCAGGGUGAAACUUUUUGAGACGUGCCUUCGUAGUGAAGAAAUACAGAAAACUGGAUCUCCUGGGGGGGAUGUCAGUGCUGCCUCUGUGUGAGGGAAAAUGGUAAGCUUUUAAUAUUGAGUGUGUGUGUUCUGCAAGUGAGGAUUGUGGGUAAUGUGGUCUAAUAUCUGUCUGGUAGUUUUAAUUUAUUAUCUUAAUAUUACUGCCUUUUAUAUUGGUGGGGGCCGAAUAAAUUAACUGCUUUUAAUCUUA